AUGAAAAUCAAAAAAGUACAAUGUUUUAAUGUUUUUUUUAUUUUGUUAGUUGAUAAUCUGUUUGAUUCAUUAAACAUUAGCACUUUAUCUGUUCAAAAUGGUAAAAUUUAUAAAGGGCCUAUUAAACGCAAUUCACCUCAUCAUCAAUUAUGGCAAAAAGCUAAAGAAAUAUUAAAAACCACAAAAUAUAUUAAGAAAGUUAGAUUUGGAGAUAAAACACGAUUGACAGAAACUAUUGCACCAUCUAUAACAAAUUUAAUUAAAACUGUAGAGGGUAUAGAAUCUCUUUGGAAGUUAUUGUCUAGAAAAUAUGGCAUUGAUGCAAUGUUGACAAAAAAUUUUAACCAAGACCCUAUAGAAAACUUUUUCGGGAAUAUCAGGAGUUAUGGUGUUAGAAACAUUGCUCCAAAUACUGUCUCAUUUGAGGGGGCCUUCAAGGCUUUGAUGAUAAAUAAUUAUAGUGAGCCCCAUUCAAGUGGAGCAAAUUGUGAAGAAGAUCACAAUGAGUGUCUUCAAAGUUUGGACUUCUUCCUUAAAGAUAAGAACAUAAUAACUCCUGAUAUCCCUGAUACUAUUCAUUUUAACAGUGAAAUUUGCUUUGACCAUUCCAAUGAAAUUGACGUUGGUCAAAGCAAUUAUGUCUGCGGAUGGAUUUUAAAGAGAUGCCUUAAAUUUAUAAUA